CAGUGGCGAAUUUGGUUAUUUUCCUUCUUUCAUUCAGAAUAGAGACAAGAAAAAGAGAAACAAAAGUUUUUAACACUGUUUGAUAUUAAGCGGAAAGGGAUUUUAUCAGCAAAAAGAUUUGCUGUACUAUUUUAAGAGCGUUUAAAGAUAUCUAAACUAUUGUUACAUCAUUUAAAAAAUAAUGUUGAGUAUCUACGGAAGUAGCGGUUCAGCGAUGCAGGAAUCGACUUUGCGGAAAUAUUUGGACAUUAUCGUAAAAGACCAAUCCAAGAUGGCGAUCAAGUCGGCUGCUAUUGUUUACGACAACGGAAAUGUUGCCGCGAAGACUAACAAGUUCAAAAUAAAUAACAAAGAUCUAUUGGGUAUAAAGCGUGCAUUCCAUACACCAGGCACAGAAAAGAUAGAAUACUCCAACGUGACGUAUUGCGUGAAAUCACAAUCAAGUGGACAGCUCGUGGCAUUCAACGGAGCAAAUUACGUCAUCAUUAGUAAAACUGACGUCACGUAUAUCAUCGUCACAUGCUGCUCGAGACAGAAAAGCUCUUCAUUGGCUGCUUGGAUCAAUGCUGUUGCCAAUAAAUUGAAGGGGAAAGACACUCCUGACAGGGACCAAAAGAACACACAAAAAACAAAUUGAACUAAAAAUAGAUCUGAACAAUCCAUGGUGAUCAUGAUGUCUGCAGAUGCGGGAUCGUCUGCAGACAGUUUUAUAGAAUCUCGUUGGACAAUGAGAGACAAUUACAGUUCUGUUAGUAAACAGUUUAGGCGGGGAAAACAGUGUGCUCCAAGUUGUCUUGUGAAAGAACAUUACCGAUUGUAAUAAAUAUAUAUACUAGUAGAUCUACCCAACAACCCAUUUAUAAUAAAGACAAAAGAUCGCCUAAGAAUUAUUCUAACUUUUAAUUUUGGCAAAUUGUAUUUAUCUGAAAGUUUAAGAUAUUAUUAUAUGAUAAUCUUUAUUGUCAUACAUACUAAAUUUGUCAUUUCCUUAUUUUGUAUUUAUAAUAUACUGUAUAAAAAUAUUAACUAAUAAACUUGUGCAAUUAUA